AUGACAAAAUCUGGACAGACUUAUAUCAGAGCAGGAUCACAAACCACAUUGACAUGUCGGUGGACAUCACCAACUGGAGACGACCUUCUUAGAAUAAACUGGAGACAAGGCUCUACAGUGAUAGCAACAUCAGUGGUCACAUCUAGCUUUACACCACAGUAUCCUGACACAAGUGUAAAGGACCGUGUAACACUGGACACUCUAACCUCUACAAGUACCAAUACAUCAAUAACAUUAACAGGAUUACAGUGUCCAGGUGAUAUAGCAGAGUAUUCCUGUGAGGUGUUCACUACUGCACUACAAGACAGUUUUGGAUCUGCAAGUUUUAAUUUGAAUCUGUUCAGUCUCGUUGAAAAUAAUGUCACAAUCACAUCAUCGUCAAGUCAACUACAAGCAGAUCAGAAUGCCUCCCUGACUUGUACAGCCAGUAAUAUUGGGCGACCACCAGGCAUCAUGAAGUGGUACAAAGGCUCUCAAGAAAUCACCACUGGAUUUACUCAGCAGACAAGUAUCAAUAGUGAUGGUUGUACCUAUAAUGGAGUUAGUAGUCUCAGUAUUACACCGACAUACCAGGAUAAUGGGGUUAUGUAUACAUGUGUUGUUGAGCCAAACUCUACAGUGAUUGGAGACUCUUCAAAGCAAGGAACGUAUACACUGGAUGUACAAUACCCAGUGCGACAGGGGCCAAGGGUGACAUCAUCCACUGGUACAUUUACAGUUGAGCAGGGAACAACAUUUACUCUCAACUGUCAGGCAAGUGGUAAUCCAAUUCCAAGCUAUGUGUGGACCAGUCCAGAUAAUACCAACUCUACUGGCUCUCAGCUUAUACUGACACUGACUAAUACUGGAACCUUUUUGUAUACUUGCUUUGCCACCAACAGUUUGACGACAACACCGUUUUCAACAGGUGUCACAGUGACAGUACAAGACCUAAACAACCGUGAAAUGUUCCACAACUUGGUAUUCUGGGUAUGA